GGCAGUCAUUCGAUGCUCUUUCCUCUCUUCUUGAUGUUACCUGGUGGGCGAGAGCCAGUGACGUCACGUCCCCGACCAGAGCUCCAUCUCCUCCGCGCUGCACUCGGAGCAGCCCGUACAAUCAAGAGCAUUAAAACGCAUCUAAAACACAUCAUCAUCAUCAUCGGAUCUAAUAUUAAAGCUGAAGAUGCUUCAGUCCCUCACCGGUAAUUCGUGCGUGCGCUUGAUACAGAGCAACAAAUCGGCAUGGUAUUUUCUGUUUCUCGUGCUCGGCUAUAUUCUGUAUCUCAUAUUCGGAGCGGUGGUUUUCUCCUCGGUGGAGCUGCCGUAUGAAGACCUCCUGCGCCAGCAGCUCAGAGGAAUCAAACGGCAGUUCCUUCAGGAACACAAAUGUCUGUCCGAGGAAAGGCUGGAGCGGUUUCUGUCCAAAGCGCUGGAGGCCAGCAACUAUGGGGUGUCCAUUCUCAACAACGCGUCGGCCAGCUGGAACUGGGACUUCACCUCGUCUUUGUUUUUUGCAAGCACUGUCUUAUCAACCACAGGAUAUGGUCACACCGCUCCUCUCUCUGAUGGUGGGAAGGCCUUCUGUAUCAUUUACUCUGUGAUUGGCAUCCCCUUCACCCUCCUCUUCCUCACAGCUGUGGUGCAAAGGAUCAUGGUCUAUAGCACAUGGCGGCCCAUUAUGCACAUUCAUACACAUUGGGGCCUGUCUAAACCCCUGGUGGCUGUCGUUCACGCAACCCUGCUGGCUGUCGUGGCUGUGUCCUGUUUCUUCCUCAUCCCUGCCGCCAUCUUCUCUGCCCUAGAAAAGAACUGGAACUUUCUGGAGUCCUUCUACUUCUGCUUUAUCUCACUCUCCACUAUCGGUCUUGGUGACUAUGUGCCCGGAGAGGCCUUUAACCAGAGGUUUCGUGAGCUUUACAAACUGGGCAUCACUGUGUAUCUCCUCCUCGGCCUGAUUGCCAUGCUGGUGGUGUUGGAGACCUUCUGUGAGCUGCAGCAGUUGAAGCAGCUGAGGAAGAUGUUUUAUCUGAAGAAGGAGAAGCCCCAGGACCGCCUGACCAUCAUGGAACAUGACCAUCUGGCCUUUAGCUCCAUGCCAGACGGUACUGUCAACUCGCCCCAGGAGGACAAAACCGAACCCUUUGUGGACUUCCCCGUCCUAACUUCUCCGGGAGGUGAUGACCCCAUGAUCAAGUAGAUGUUUUAGCCUCCAUCAACAUAACUCUCAUUCGAGGGAGACAUCUUUAGCCGAGGGGUCUUGCAAGUGACUGGUAGGAUACAGAAUUGUGAAAAAUUACUUGAAUAUGUCAUAUUUAACAGCCCUCUACAAAACCGUCCCAGUCUGGCUUCCUGUUCCUUGACAUGAUAAAAUCAUUCACUGGCUGAAUAUCUGUAAAUGAUUAUUAGCACACUUAGGCUGCCCCAUUAAAUCCGCAAACUACAUUAAAAAAGCAUGCAUAAUUACACACUAAACUCUAGUAUGUACUUGCCAAUUGAGAUUGCGGAAAUGGUAGAUGCUGACAGCAUCUGUGGCAUAAUGUUGAUUACCACAGAAAUGUUCACUUCUCCCUUCUUUUCUUUAAAAAAAAAUCUGGGUUUCAGUGAGGCACUUACAGUGGACAUGAAUGCAGCCAAUCUGUAAACUCUAAAAUACUAUUUUAAUAGUGUAGACACAAGACCUAAAUGGUAUGUGUGUGUUAAAAUGGUUUUAGUGUGGAAAAAAACUUACUCA